UCUGGCUUUCAGAUGAAAUUAACAAAAAAUUUAAAGCAAAUAAAUGGGAAUAGAAAUGGCCUUCCGUAGUUUAGGACGUCGUCACAUGUGCAUGCUGAUGCGCCAGAACUUUGCCAAGAGCUGUGAGAGCAAGCUCAACGAUCAGAUUAACAUGGAGCUGAAGGCGUGCCACCAAUACCUGGCCAUGGCCUAUCACUUUGACAGGUCGGACAUUAGUUCUCCGGGUCUGCAUGGCUUCUUUCUGCAGGCAAGCCACGAGGAACGUGAGCAUGCCGAGAAGAUCAUGAAGUAUAUGAACAAGCGCGGCGGAUUGAUCCAUCUGAGUGGUCCCCAGCCGGUGCCCAGCUUUACCAGUUCUCUGGAAGCCCUAAGGCUUGCCCUGCACAUGGAGCUGGAGGUGAACCAGCAUUUGCUCGAUCUGCACACCUUGGCUGGCCAGGAGGCGGAUCCCAAUUUGUGUGACUUUAUUGAGGCAAACUUUCUGCAGGAACAGGUCGAUGGUCAAAAGGUUCUGGCCGAUCUCAUACGACAGCUGGAGCGGGCGCACAGCGAUGUGGGGGAGUACCUGUUCGAUAAGUACUUGUCCUCCUCGGGUAUGCAUCCUGGCAGCAAGUGAGGCCUAGAUAAAUUUUAUAUCUAUAUAUUUUUAAAAAAUCUCCCGUGUGUACGUGUUUUAUAAAGUAAAGUAGU